AACGACAGGUUCUAUUGGACAAAUUCAGGUCGGUCCCUCCCCCAUUUCGUUUGCUUCUCUUUAGAAACGUUUGCAACAGAAUACAUCUGUACAACAAAAACGUCACAGUGGACACGACUGAACAGCUCGAGUUUUAGAACUAUGAACCAUUUGUUUGGAUGGAGAAGGCUUGCCAGCCUGAUGUUAAUGCUGCUAUAUUUCAUCAUUGAUGUACUCUGUGCUUCCCAACCAACAGUCCAGUCUGAGACUCAGCGGGUGAAUGGCAUCGUGGGACAGUCUUUCUCUUUUCCAGAGAGGGUGAUCAAGUCUGGCAAUUUACUUUACGGAGACCUUGGCAGUAUUGCAAAUGUGUACCCUGGUAAAGAAGGCAAAAUCACCCUUGAGAAGAGAUUUGAAAAUCGUAUCCACUUGAACAGUGUUACAAGAUACUUCACUCUGUCAGACCUUAAGGUAGACGAUGCUGGGGUUUAUGCUGUGGAGAAUACAGAUGGAGGGGGAAAAAACAAAUUUGAGCUCACUGUAUACAAUGUUGUUCCCAAACCUCAGGUGACAGAAUGUGACAGCAGCUCCUGUCGUGUGGUGUGUUCUGUGGACAACGAAAAAGAGGUGACCUUGACCUUGUACAGGGGAGAGGACAUACUAAACCAGACCAGCAGUCCUGAUCUCACCACCGAUCUGUCUCUCCGUUUGGAGGUAGAGGGAAAGAACUACAACCCCACCUACAGCUGUGUGGCUGCUAACCCUAUCAGUAAUGAGACAGUUCCUGUCCCAAAAUGUUGCAGCAAAGAUGGUCAUCCCAAGGAGACAGACCGUGAUGAGAGGGGUCGGGGUAUUCUUAUCAUUGCUGUAUUCUGCGUUUUGGUUGCCUUGGGGCUGGUUGGACUUGCAAUCUAUCUAAGGAAGAGAAGAAAUGGACAACCAAAAGGCAGAUUCAUCUCAAAAAGUGCAAGUGGACAUAGUGUAUGCAGCGAUAACUCCUAAAAAACAAGCAGAUAAUCAGGAGGAGCAAACAGGUGUACCAGAACUGGAUUUACUUAGAGACAAACCAAAACUGACAUCAGUUUAUGAUACACUACAAUCACAUCGCAUGGCUGCCAGCGGGGAUGUUGACACAGCAUGAAGGAGGGAAACGGGAAGUCACUGAGAAACCGACAUGAUAAUUCACAUCCUGGAGAGGACGGCAUAUCAUGAAGGGGAUGAUGAAACAAACUGAAAGUAUAAAACUAUUCGCCCAGAAAACCUUUUAGAGGCACAGUUGUUAUGGAAGAAAAUUCCCCUGAAACUUUUGCACUGAUGUUAUAUUUUCAGGCUUUCUUUGUAGGUCAUUCUCACAGACCUUCUGCCAAACAGGGGUCUUGAUGACAUCCACUGGUACGGACCAAUUCAAUAACUACGCAUUGAGUUAGUAGCAGGAUCUGUAUAAUCCUUCUUUUCAAGUGCCUUUUGUCCCAAAUCCCAAUUUAUAGGUUAAAACAAAUGGAACCUGUCUUUUAAUCCAAUUCCCUAGUGUGUUUGCUAUGCUACUGCUGGGCCAAAGCUUCUUUUCAGUACUGACUGUUCUGUUUAAAUGUAGGUCCCUCCCCUGUAUCUUUUUACAGCUGGUAAUUGUUUCGCUUGCCAGAGGAUAGCAGCUGUGUACAUAUUAUAAAAAGAGCAGGCGUUUGAGAUAAAGACACCUACUUCUUAGAAGCAAUGGCUGUUAGGCUGCUUUAAAGAAACAAAAGUUCCAUAGAUGUAUUUUUUCCUUUCACCAUGUAUGUUGUAUUGAAACAUUUCUGAGGGUCGAUUUGCCGUUUGAUCUUCAGCGACAUUUUCCUCUUCAUAGCGUUUUUCACAAGAUGGAGGUCUGGGCUAAAUUGUAACUCUUAAUUAGCUCAUUUAGUUUAUUAUGAUGGACCAUCUAUUGGUUAUCCUGAUUUAGGUGUUUUUAAAAUGUUUUUAUUUAACCUUUAUUUAACUAGGCAAGUCAGUUAAGAACACAUUCUAAUUUACAAUGACGGCCUACCAAAAGGCAAAAAGCCUCCUGCGGGGACGGGGCCUGGGAUUCAGAAUAAAAAUAUCGGACAAAACACACAUCAUGACAAGUGAGAAACAACACCACUACAUAAAGAGAGACCUAAGACGACAACAUAGCAUGGCAGCAUCACAUGACAACACAACAUGGUAGCAACACCACAUGACAACAACGUGGCAGCAGCACAACAUGCUAGCAGCACAAAACAUGCUACCAAUAUUAUUGGGCACAGACAGCAGCACAAAAGCAAGAAGGUAGAGACAAAAAUACAUCACACAAAGCAGCCACAACUGUCAGUAAGAGUGUCCAUGAUUGAAUCUUUGAAUGAAGAGAUAAAACUGCCCAGUUUGAGUGUUUUUGCAGCUCGUUCCAGUCGCUAGCUGCAGCGAACUGAAAAGUGAUGGGGAUGUGUGUGCUUUGGGGACCUUUAACAGAAUGUGACUGGCAGAAUGGGUGGUAUGUGGAGGAUGAGGGCUGCAGUAGGUAUCUCAGAUUGGGGGAAGUGAGGCCUAAGAGGGUUUUAUAAAUAAGCAUCAACCAGUGGGUCAUGGGUAUACAGAGAUGACCGGUUUACAGAGGAGUAUAGUGCAGGGAUGUGUCCUAUAAGGAGCAUUGGUGGUAAAUCUGAUGGCCGGUGGUAAAACACAUCUAGCCGCUCGAGAGCACCCUUACCUGCCGAUCUAUAAAUUAAGUCUCUGUAAUCUAGCAUGGGUAGGAUGGUCAUCUUAAUCAGGGUUAGUUUGGCAGCUGGGGUGAAAGAGGAGUGAUUAGAGGAAACCAACCUCAACUUCUUUGGUAUCUAACACUAACCCUAACCCAAUACAACUUGUCGUUUUGCUGUGUUUUGGGGGAAGAACAUUGUUUGCAUCAAUUCCAUCAGCUAGCUAACCUUUUUACGACCAGCACUGUCCAGAGCUUGGGGAAGGGCAGGUGGGCGAGACAACUUUGCCAGCAUCAAAGCGAUAUGUAUCGAUUAAUCGUUGUGACAUAUUAAAUACGAGUGAUAGUGUAAUCAAUGUGUAAUAACUACGUUAUGGAACGCGCUCAAUUAUUAUGUGACGUGCAGUCAUAUUCAGGUCCCGAUUGGUCAACAAGCUUAUUUGACACGUCAAAUAGUGUUAUUUGACGUGUAUCUUUUUUGACACGUAAAGACCCAAACGGCGUUCCAUAGAGAAAGCUUGUUGGACACUAAGAAAACUUUGGUGUAGAGCGUUUAACACAAAAUCCGGGGAGGGGCCAGCUGAGUAAAAUACUGUAUCAUCUGCAUAUAAAUGGAUGAGAGGGCUUUCUCCUGCCUGAGCUAUGUUGUUGAUGUAAAUUGAGAAGAGCGUGGGGCCUAGGAUCGAGCCUUGGGGUACUCCCUUGGUGACAGGCAGUGGCUGAGACAGCAGAUGUUUUGACUUUCUUUAUACACUGCACUCUUUGAGAGAGGUAGUUAGUAAACCAGGCCAAAGACCCCCUCAGAGACACGAAUACUCCUUAACCGGCCCACAAGAAUGGAAUGUUCUACAGUACCAAAAGCUUUGGCCCAGUCAAUAAAAAUAGCAGCACAACAUAUGUAGCACAUCAUCCCUUCAAAAUACAAUCACUCCCUCCUGCAGACUCCUGCUGCAACUCCUGCAGACACCAUACACUCUCCUUCUAUCAGAGCAUUUUGUGGUCCACCUACAUUAGUGCAACCUUUGUAUGGAUCACUGUCACCCAAAAAUAUUAAAUCUGUCGAUACCAUAGUGAGUUGUUGCACUGUAGGCCAUUUCAAUUUUAUGCCACUCAAUUUCUGAGUAGUUACUGAGACUGAAUAUGAAGAUAUAAUUCACUUUUCACUAUUUUAAAAUAACCUUGUGACUUGUUGUAAACAUGUAAACAUAAACAUGUUGUACUGAGCUUCAAUAUAUUAAGUCAAAGGCUUUCCUUUACAUUUCCUGAUGUUUAACAGUCAUCAAUACAUCUAUAACCAUGCUUGCUAUUUAUACAUGUUUUAUGUACCCUAUCACAACGUGAGAAUAGAUUCUCCAUUUAUGUUUUUGUUGUAAUUUAGAUCUUUAUAAACAAAGUAUGUGUUGCUUCAGAAUACCUGUGUAGACUGCCAUUCCUUGAAGCCAAAGCUGUCUAUGAGUUUGAGAGGGGAAACAUUUCUCCGCAGACAUUUCUCCAGAAACACAACUUCAGAUUGUGGUUUUAAUGUAGCCUACUUCUAGGGUCAAAUAGGAGGGAUCACUGUAGCUAUUUGGUGGAUUCUCUAUUUUAGAGAAUUUAAGUGUGUUUGACCUUUUGUCAUGUCACUUUGCAUGCCAGGCAGCUGUACAUUUGUAAACGAUAAUGACUGGUAACAGUGAUUUACUCAUUUGUAUUUAAAAAUCCUAUACAAUUUCAAGCAUUUUUUUUUUGGCCUUUUCCUCCUUUUCCUCCAAUCCUUUCCCCCCAUCUAGUGGUUGAACAUUUUUAUAUUUCAGUAUACUGUACAUAUUGCACAAAGUGUUGUUCUGAGACAGCGUACUGUAAAUUGUGUAAGUGUAGCUUAAAUCAUGUGCAACCAAAAUGUAAUCUAACCUUUCUAUGCUUUGGACUGUGAUCCCGCAUGUUUGUGCCAUUUGUGGCAUUUAUUGUAACGUUAUUGUGAGUAACAAUUAAAACAGUUGUGUCAUGACGUUGCCCUCUUUGGGUACAGCAAGCCCAUCCCCCUCUCCCUGCCUCCCCCUGCCUCCUUCAACUAGGCUGCUGUGGUCAGAGAGAGGUCGUAAAUUCCUGAGAAGACCCUGCCUCGUGGCCACACAGUAUAAGAGACAGAGUGAUUUUUCAUAGAGAACAAAGGAAUUUCUUCCACCUCACAGAAGUCCGAACAAAUGUCAUGUUCUGGACAAGGUAUAAAAGAUCGGUGAAGAAUCCAGCUACGAACUGGUCCGUUUGUCACAACUUGGGGAAGCUCAUGGGAGACGGUGUGGCCACAUUGCCAUAACACUGUUUAUAUAACAGCCUCAGAUAUUAGGCUUACAUCUAAUUGUUGUAUAAGAUGAAUGAGUGAGUAUGAUACUGUUUGUAAAAUUGUGUGAUGUAAUUUUGGACUGUUUAAUGAAGGAAACUUCAAUUCCCUUUUGAGUUUAACUAAAUCAGAGGACCGCCCCUGAGUCCAGUUAGGGCCAGGCAUCCUGGGACAGCCCUUUUCUGCAAUUCCCAAUAAAACCCAACAUAGAGAUAGA